AAAUUUUACACGCGAAUGACCCGAAGUUAUAUAAGUGAAAAAAGUACGGUUAGUGAACACGAUGUUUACAUAAUAUAAAAGAGGUCAGAUACAACUAAGCACCAUUCAGACCAGUAUUUUGGGGGGACAUUUCAGCCAAGGAUAUAAUGGAAACACGGGUAGGAUUUGUGGCUGUUGAUUAUGUUGUCUUUGCUAUUUCUGUCGCCAUUUCUAUCGGCAUUGGCAUUUUUCAAGCUAUGGCAGGAGGAAAGCAGAAAACAACAUCAGAAUAUCUGGUUGGGAACCGACAAAUGAGUAUUAUUCCUGUGACAUUAUCAUUGAUUGUGUCCUUUGAAUCGUCCAUCAUGAUGUUAGCAUAUCCAGCCGAGGUAUACACCUAUGGAAUCAUGUUUGUAAUGAGCAGUGUUGGUUUCCUACUGGCUGUACUCUUAGGAACAAGAAUUGUAGUACCAUUAAUUCAUCCAUUAAAAAUUACAAGUGUAUUUGAGUAUUUAGAAUUAAGAUAUAAAAGUAAAGCAGUAAGAAUAUUGGGUACACUGUUAGGAAUGCUAUCAAAUGUAGUUUAUAUGGCAUUUGUAUUGUACGGUCCUGGUUUAGCCAUAGAAGCAGUUACGGACUUUCCACUUUGGGCAUCUGUACUCUGUAUAUCGACAGCAUCUGUAUUGUACACAGCUAUUGGAGGAUUGAAGGCUGUGAUAUGGACAGAUGUUUUCCAGUGCUUUAUCAUGUUUACUGGAGUUUUUGCAGUAUUAAUUAAGGGAACAUAUGACGCUGGCGGACCUAGAGAAGUCGUUAAUAUUUCAUCGCGAACAGGAAGAAUGAAUUUCUUUGAUUUUGACUUGGACCCAACAGUUCGUCAUACGUUUUGGGGAUUAGUUGUAGGAUCAGCAAUCCGUUUGAUAAACAUGACUUUCUCACAGCCAACAGUUCAGCGAAUAUGUGCGUUAGAGAAACAAAAAGAUGCAAACAAAAUGCUGUUCGUAUCAGGACCUGCAUUUCUUUUUACCUUAUCACUAGCAUGCGCCGAAGGACUUGUAGCAUAUGCAUACUUCACCACUCAGGGAUGCGAUCCUAUUGCCUCUGGAGACAUAAAGAAAGCAGAUCAGAUAAUGCCGUACAUGGUUUUUCAUAUCUUCAGAAACACGCCUGGAAUGGCUGGAUUAUUUAUGGCAGCAGUUUUCAGUGCAUCUUUGAGUACCUUGUCAUCGUUAUUGAACAGUAGUGCUGCCAUGGCAGAAGAAGACAUUAUACGACAAAUUUUUAGAAAUAUAUCUGAUCAUAAAGCUACAAUCAUUGCCAAGAUUUCAGUGGUUUUCUUUGGAGCACUUGGUGUUGGUCUUACAUACUUUUUGAAGAAUGUCAAAGGAAUCAUUUCUCAGAUAAGCACUAGUUUUACAUCAGCUAUCAGUGGCCCAAUUACUGGACUCUUUUUGUUUUCUGCAUUUUAUCCGUGGGGAACCAAACGGAGUGCUAUCAUUGGUACUUUGAUGAGUGUUGCGCUCGUAUUCUGGCUUACCUUAGGACAAUCAAUGUCAAAGUCACUUCGUAGAGCAGUACCACUUGUUUCAGGACCAAUAGAUCAGUGCUACAGUAAUUCAUCGAUGAUAAGUGUGAAUGGUUUUACCAAUUAUACAGUAGGAUAUUCAUAUUAUACAACAGAAGAUCCACUUCCUAUUGAGGCAUCAGAACCGGAAGGUUUAGAUAAAUACUAUUCUAUUUCAUACCUGUGGAUAAACGUUUUGGGACAAGCAUUUACUAUAUUUUUUGGGAUCAUAGUAAGCCUUAUUGAAGGUGUUCCCUCGUCUGAGUCUGUAGAUGUGAGAUUUGUUUUACCGUUUUUUGACCAGUUCUUCCCUUGUAUUCCAAAACGAAUUAGGAAAAGACUUUAUUUUGGAGUCCCAUUUGAUAAGAGAGAAAUUAUGUUGGAAAAGUAUGGUAAAGACGAAACAGACGUUGCUACACUGAAUAAUCUUGGAAAAAAGAAUGAAUCGUCAAAAAUAGAACUUUUAUCAUUUCAAAAGGAAGGAAAAUUUAUUGCAGAUGAAGAAAAAACAAUCAUUUAAGUUUUAUUUAUACCAGUUCACCAGUUCAGUCUUAUCUUAACCAUGGUUCUUCUCAUAAGACAGAUAUCUUGUUUACACAUUAGUGCAUAAUAUACAUUUAUUCGAUAGCGUAGUUUUGUAUGUGUGUGUGUAUGUGUGUGGUUAUGUAAUGCAUGAACAAAAUGUCUAUGUCAACUUUUCAUUAUAUCACGCAUAAUGAAAUGGGUUAAUUUUUUAAUCCAAAAACUAACAAAUAAAAGUUUUACAACCUUUAUAACUA